AUUGUAAGAAUUGCAGUUUCAAUUCGCAUUCUGGCAGGGGCGCCAGGAUGCUGGCGCUGAGGGCAGACCGCCAGCCCCAGCGGCGCACAGGAGUCUCCGGGAGGAUCGUGCGCAGGGCAUCGGAGAAUGCGACCAAGGUUCCAGUCAGCAAGAAGUGCAAGCUCGAUAUCAAGCGCAAGCACCUCAAGGCGGCAAUCCCAGGCUGCCUUUCGGUCAAUUCAUACGCAGUAAACCUGCAGUUACAGAUCGAUGGAGAGAAGCUACCGGACCUCUACAAGUGCACCAUCAAGAAGCACGUCAACAACAAGACGUCAUGUGUCUCAUACCGCCUACAGGGCACUGGCAUAUACAACUACCUUCGCGGCCUAUACAUGCGCGGCUUCUGUUGCGGCGAUGACCCAGGGGUCGUCGUGCUCGUGGCGUCCAGCGAGGCCGCUCCAGACCUGUCGUACAGCGGCCAGUCCGACGGCGAGGACGCAGAUGAGCAGGGUGAGGCGCGCGCCGUGGCCAGGGAGGAUACGGAUUCGGAAGCCGAGAAGCGGCCGCAGCGGCAACGGCGGCAACAGCGGCCACGCCAGCAGCGAAAGCGGCGGCGAGACGAGUCAGAGGACGAGCAGGAUGAGGACAUAGGACAGCUCGGGACUGUACCUGCGCUGGAGGGACUGUCAGGCCAGCAGGCCCCAGCAUACAUGGGCUACCUCCUACCUGCGCAGGUGGAGGCUUUUGCUGACCCGCAUGAGCCGCACCCAUUCCACCAGCCGCACCUUUUCCUCCAACAGCAGUUCAACCACCACCACCACCAGCAGCAGCACUUCCACCACCACCUUCUCCAACAGGAGCAGUUCCCGCAGCAGCAAUUUCAACAGGAGCCGCUUCAACCCCUCCAGCAGUACCACCAUGAGCGCCUCCGCUCUCAUCCACUCCACUCCGCACAUCAAAGCCCCAACGGCGGCGACCCUGCCCACAUGGGCCUCCACUCGGACGCGCUGCCCGGUGGCUGCGGCGACGACAGCAGCGCAGCACUCGUCUGCCAUGAGGGCAUCGACGAUGACGGCGUUAGCGCCCUAGACGUGGCUGGAGUGGCGGAAGACGUGGCGGCAGCAGUGGCAGAGGUAGAGCGGCGAGCAGCACGGGAGUGCUCAAUAUCCGGGACUAGCAUCGGGCUGCCAGCCGAACCCAAAUGGCUCGACCACUUGGCCAUUGGUGUGGGACUGGAUGGGGUCGGAGGCCUUGCGGACGGAAGCAGCCUCCUCAGCGGCGGUGGUGCCGGGGGAACUGGGCUGCUAGAGCUCGGGUCAGAUGGCGGGAUCACGGGGCCGGAGAUAAACGUAAGUGAUGGUGGCGGCGUCGGCGGAGGGGAAAGCAGCAUUGGCGGUGGCAAUGGCCAGCAGCACGGUGCGGCUGGGUUGCCAGGCGGAUGCCCCCGGCUGCAGUCUCCGCUCAACUUGUCGCCCUUUUCGCCCCGUUUGCUGCAAGAGCUGACCGGGCGACCACACUUGCCGCGCGGCCUUGGGCAGCAGCAGCCGGCCCACACCUGGGGCCAACUGCCGCCGCUGGACUUUGACACCAACUACGCUAGCAACUUGUGGCCCCGACAACAGCUGGCUUGGCCGGAUUCGCUGGGCAUUGGGAUGCUCUAGAUCCCUGCCACGCCGUUGCAUGAAGCAUCGCGGGGUGCGAGCACCCUCUACCCCUCCUACCUCGUUAGAACUGCAUUCGGUUUCAUUACCGUACCUGGAGAGAGUGUGUUAAUGACAGUUGCGCCGGGAUUUCCUGUGACGCGGUUUCGCCUUUGAUUGUGCAGUCUUUCUGUUUGCCUCCCUCUGGGCUGUUUGGAGCUGUAUGUGUGGUUACGCAGU